CGCCCGUGUUGACUCGGCAGAGCUCGUCACUAGGUAAUGGCGGCUUCGCUCAACGUCUGCGCUGGGAUGUAACAGCUGCUGCUGCUGUUUGCCAGGCCUGCAGUGUGAACCAAAUUUCCAGCAAUGGCGGCGGUGGCGGCGGCCGCAGUGGUGUCCCACAUCAACCCGCGCCAGGACUUCCCGGCGUGGCUGGCCGCUCACGGCGUGAGCCUCAGCGUGGCCGAGGCCGUGGACAGGGAGCUGGGCAUCGGCGACUACGAGGCCUUCCUGGCGUGCGCCGAGCAGCCCCACGUCAGGGCCGAGAUGUUCGCCGCCGCCAGGGAGCGGCUGCCCUUCGCCUUCUACGCCGUGCUGCGCCGCCUCACCGAGGCCUCGUCCCCCAAGGGCCACGACGGGGCCGGCGGCGGCCUUCAGGCCGCCGGCAACGCGGCGGCGUUCCAGCCGUUCCUGAGCGGCCUCCUGGACGCCAUCGUCCUCAUGCUCAACAGCCUGAGCCAGGAGCUGCUGCACUCGGCCGAGAGGUUCAGCUGCCUGGAGCCCGCCCUCUACCCCGUGGUGUCGCUGGACGAUGGCGAGGGAGAGCACGUCCCGUACCCGGGCACAGUUGUCGACGUGGCCGACGAUUACGAAGCGGUGGUGGUGGACUCGUGCGUGACGGAGGAAGCUCAGGACGUGGCUGACGAGGAGGAAGAGCCACUGGUGGAACCAGGCGAUGGCUCUGCCAUGGACAUUGUCCCGCAUCCCGGCGGGGACAACAGUUCAGGCUGCAUGGCGUGGAGGGGAGCUGCCAUCAAGUUGGAGCACAACUCCGAAGCUUCGACGAAAGUGCCACUGGCGGGAGCGGAUGAGCCCCGGCAGGAGCCGCCGCCAAUCGCAGUUUACGCUGCCAGUUGCGUGAGCACCAAAGAGCUGCUGGCGGAAGUGAAGCUGGAGAAGGAUGAGUUCCUGAGAGACGACAGGGUCGGGUGCCUGGACCAGCGAGAAAACGUGUUCGAUGACGGGGAGCGAGGAGAUGGAGCCGAGCCCGACGACUGGAAUCUGAGUGUGGAGGCGGGGGUCGUCGUGCACAGCGUCGAAAUCGGUUCGUCGGACAGCAGGAAUUUCAUCGGCAUGAGCGCCGAUUUGGAGAUGCCGCACCAGACCGGGGAGCCACGUGAGCAGCCGUUCCACCGCGCCAGCCCGGCGCCGACUGGCCUGGGGAGGGACAGCGGCUGGGUUCGGCGGGGCAGCGUGACGCUCGCGGGAGCGGCGGCGGCGGCGGGACAAGGAGGCAGAGUCGGGGGGGCAGGGACCAGAUCGGCCGGGAGUCUGUACGCGCUGGGAGCCAGGGGCCACUGCCACGCGGGGGCGUCGGGGGUGGCGCCCGACCGUCUGGGCGAGCAGCUGCAGCUGUCCCCGGACUCCAGGGGCUUCCAGCCACGUGCGGGAGGCGGAGCAGCCGGGGUCCAACGCACAGGACACAGGAGGGAAGAUUGUAAAAGGGAUAAGUGUGCCUUCCCAGGAGUCAAUCAGGACAAUGUAACUCUGAUAAACUAUUUCAGAAAUGGGAGGGGCCUCAUAGAUCACGGGGCGACGCCGCUGGCCUUUGCCGGCACGGCGGGGGUGAGCGCGGCGAGCGCCGCCCGGCAGUGCCGCGUGGACGGCUUGCACCCAGAGCCCGUCGGCGCGCGGGCCCACUGCGUCGCCCGCCUGCACCCGAGCUCGGCGCAGCUGCAGCUGCCGUGCCGCAUCGCCGUGGAGAAGCCCUACCAGUGCCGCGUGUGCGGCCAGAAGUUCCGGCACCUGCAGUACUUCCGCAAGCACGAGCGCACGCACGCCGGCGAGGUGCUGUUCACGUGCGAGGAGUGCGGCAAGGUGUUCCUGCAGUCGGUCGACCUCAUCCGCCACCGGCGCAUUCACACGGGCGAGAAGCCCUUCGUGUGCGUCGAGUGCGGCAUGACCUUCCGCCUCAAGCACCACCUGCUGGGUCACCAGCAGAGGCACGUCCGCGAGAAGGAGCGGGAGUUGGACGUGGUCAUGCUGAUGCCCCCGCCCGAUGCCGCCGCCGCCACCGAAUGAACCCCCCCACCCACCCCCGUGCAUGCUGGGUGACGCGAUUUGGAAACGCGUCAUCUGGAAACUUGGGUAUCGAGGUGUGCCGGUUCUGAGCGUGUGUGGGUUUGUCGCUGGAUUUCGUUUAACCGUCAGAGACGGGAUUCCCUUUGUUCAUUUGUUGGUUUGACGCAAGGUUGUCAUGGAGCUGCUCGCGAGGUCAAAUAAAGGGAAUAGGGGCGAGGGGCUCCGCGUGGAUAAUUUGCCACGGGAGUUUCCAAUUUUGCGUCUUCGUGAGAGUCAUGGGAUUCAUCUGUAGGUGUCCCGACCCAUGGUUGCGUGUUGGGGAGUUGUGUGAAGGGAGCAGUCCCACACGGAACAAUGCGGCUUGGGGCUCGAGAACUCGUGUAUAAAUUUUGCAAAAGUCCUCCGGCUGCGAUUGUCGUAAGAUCCGAAAUGACGUUCGCAAUUUUUAAGUUACUAAGACCUGCCGAGAUGGCAACGUCCGGGUCACGUGAGCACGGCUGCUUGCUCAGGGACGAUGUCCUGUCUGCCCCACUGCUCCAGCCAACAAUCUCGCGCACCAUGGCCGCUGGGACGUCACAACACGUGCCCUUCAAGUGGUCUGCCGCCGAGAUGAGUUAUUACGAGAGAAUCAUGAGUAAUGUUGACACUCAUUAACUAUGUCACAUUGGUUAUAAGUUGACUUUUGACUGAGCAUAAUCUUCGGCUUGGUAAAGUAUUCGCUGACAAUCGACUUAAUAGUGAGUGGUCCUGUCCACCUGUAACUUUUAUCCCAACUUAAGAGUGCUUCCAAGUAUCCAGUCCCCAAUGAAAUCGAGUUACGCAACAUCUGAGCUUAUUUAAAUGGUGAAGUUGUUGGGUUCCCGGGCCCCUGGUUAUAACAGCUGUUGUGAGGAAUCCGGCGGAAGGACGUGAUGGGGAGGUGUGACUGCUGUACAUGGCACCGACUUUUUAUCUUUUGACAUUGCUGUGGCGUUGGGCAAAAGUGCAGUGCAUCACUGGACAUUGAUAGAUACUGUAAACUCUGCCGCGUGAUUGCCAUUGAUGCUGGGGUUUGAAGUUGCUCUUGUGUACUGUGAGGUUUUGGGUAAUUUUUAGCUGUGCUGUCAUUUGCUUAUAAACGCUGACGAUGAAACCGUGUGUGUUGCAAUAAAUGCUGCAUAA